AUGAUUUUCUCUUUUCGUCAACUGCAAAAGAAAUGCGUCGAACAGCGACGCCCCCUCUACACUGUCUUUGUGGACCUGACUAAAGCAUUCGACUACGUGAGCUGCACAGGCUUAUUUGCAGUCUUGGAGCGCUUGGGAUGUCCACCAACUUUACUGGCUAUCAUCGGAGCUCUCCAUGAUGGAAUGCAGGCCGCUGUUCAGUAUGACAGGUCGGUGUCUCACGGCUUCAGUGUAAAUUGUGGAGUGAAGCAGGGUUGUGUUUUGUCUCCUACGCUGUUUGGGAUCUACUUCUCUGUCUUGCUCCGCAGCGCUUUUCCUACAUCAAGCGGGAUCAUGCUCCACACUCGAUCCACAGGAGGUCUGUUCAAUCUCUCCCGCCUGCGUGCAGGAACGAAGGUCUCCAAAGUCAUGGUACGUGAGCUCCUCUAUGCUGAUGAUGCCGCUUUUGUUGCGCAUUCUCAGGAAGACCUGCAGCAACUUGGUGAUGCUUUUGCCCGCUCAUGCCAGGACUUUGGCAUGAAGAUCAGCAUUCGCAAGACUGUUGUGCUUGGCACUAACAUCCAGGAAUCACCAGUCAUCACACUCCAAGAAACUUCACUACAGACGGUCACCAAGUUCACAUAUCUUGGUUCCACUGUGACUUCGAACAACUCUCUGGAGGAAGAACUCGGCAAAGCUGCAACAAUAUUUGGACGCCUGCGUAAACGUGUGUCUGACAACAACCGUCUCCCUCUACCUUUGAAGAUCAUGGUAUACGAAACAUGUAUACUAAGCAUCCUCCUGUAUGGCUCAGAGGGAUGGACAGCAUACAGACGUCAGGAACGCCGCUUGAAUGCAUUCCAUCUGCGUUGUCUGCGAUCAAUCCUUGGACUCACUUGGCGGGACCGUGUCCCUAACACUGAGAUCCUGUGGAGGACGGAGUGCCUUGACAUGCGCACAUUGCUUCAGAAACGUAGGCUGCGCUGGAUAGGCCAUGUCAUACGGAUGGACGAUGCCUGCCUACCAAAAUACAUACUCUUUGGCGAGCUUCCUAAUGCCCCUCGUCCAGUAGGCUGCCCAAAGCUGCGGUAUAAGGAUGUAGUCAAGCGUGAUCUACAGUCCUUUUCCAUCAACUUGACUGACUGGGAGAGCGUUGCAGCCAACAGGUUGGGCUUGCGUAGUGUAUUACACCAGGGGAGCAGCCUUGCCCAUCAAACCUACAUGGAAGAGUGCAACGCCAGACGCACUACCAGGCACCGUUGUGCUGAUCGUCGUUGA